AUGUUACCAUUAUUAUCAACACAAGAAAUUAAUGAAGCUUUCGGUAAUAUUAUCGAAGAAAUAAGUAAUGUACACCACAGUUUUCUUAAGUUAACAGAUUAUAUUCUUCGUACGUACAUUGAAGAAGAAUUAUUUUCUCGAUCAUUUUGGAAUUUAGUCGAUCUAGUUGAUAUUCAACCUAAAACUAAUAAUCACAUAGAAGGUUAUCAUGGUGAAUUAAAUUCUCAUUAUCAAACACGUCCAAGUCUUUAG